GACGCCGAGUUUCACUCCGUCUGUCUCCUGCUGCGAGACUGAGCCCCAGACUGAGCUCUACCCAGGCCAAGCCGAACUGCAGCCCGAGCGCGGCGGUUCCCUCAGGCAGUCCCCUCGGCCUCCUCAGCCUCGAUCCUGUGCAGCUGAAACCUUCGGAGAGCACAGCCCCAGCUGGGAGUUAGCCAGACCUCUGCCCUCAGGGGGUUCCCCCUGUUCCAGUGGGGAGACUGAAUCCAGUCUGCUGGAGGUGCUGGGCAAUGAACCUGAGACUGCGGCCCAGAGUGGUCUGAAGGCAUCGGGGAGAGCAGAGGGAGUCCUGGGGAAGAUGGCCAUGGCCCCAAGCCCUUCCUUGGCACAGGUGUACACCAGCCCUGUGGCAGUGGCUGUGUGGGAAUGGCAGGAUGGGCUGGGGACCUGGCACCCCUACAGCGCCACCGUCUGUAGCUACAUUGAACAACAGUUCGUCCAGCAGAAGGGCCAGCGGUUCGGGCUGGGGAGCCUGGCCCACAGCAUCCCUUUAGGCCAGGCUGACCCUGCACUGGCCCCUUAUAUUAUCGACCUCCCCAGCUGGACCCAGUUCCGCCAGGACACUGGCACCAUGCGGGCCGUGCGCAGGCACCUCUUCCCGCAGCACUCAGCUGCCGGCCGGGGCAUCACCUGGGAGUGGCUGAGUGACGACGGCUCCUGGACUGCCUACGAAGCCAGUGUCUGUGACUAUCUGGAGCAGCAGGUGGCCAGGGGCACCCAGCUUGUGGACUUGGCCCCCCUGGGCUACAACUACACUGUCAACUGCACCACCCACACGCAGACCAACAAGACUUCCAGCUUCUGCCGGAGCGUGCGGCGCCAGGCAGGGCCGCCUUACCCGGUGACCACCAUCAUCGCCCCACCCGGCCACAACGGAGUCGCUUGCUCUUGCCACCAGUGCCUCCACGGCAGCGGAACUGGCCCUGUGUCAGGCCGCUACCGCCACUCCAUGACUAACCUCCCUGCGUACCCUGGGCCCCAGGCCUCCCACAGGACUGCCCUUGUCUUUGGGGCCCACCAGGCCUUCGCCCCGUACAACAAACCCUCUCUCUCCGGGGCCAGGUCUGCACCCCGGCUGAACACGACCAACCCCUGGGGCGGGGCACCUCCCGCCCUGGGGAGCCAGCCCUUCUUCCGCUCCAGCCUCUCCCACCUGGGACCGCAGCUCCUGCCCCCCGGACCGUCCACUUCAGGUGGAGCCAGUGCCUCCCUCCCCAGCGGUCCCUCCAGCAGCCCUGGGAGCAUCCCCGCCACUGUGCCCAUGCAGAUGCCAAAGCCCAGCAGGGUCCAGCAAGCGCUUGCAGGCAUGACAAGUGUGCUGAUGUCGGCCAUUGGACUCCCUGUGUGUUUUAGCCGCGCGCCCCAGCCUGCCAGCCCUCCCGCCUCCUGUUUGGCCUCUAAGAGCCACAGCUCAGUUAAGAGACUGAGGAGACUGGCCGUGAAAGAAGGGGCUCCAAAGCCAGAGCCAGAGCAGGUGAUCAGAAGCUACACUGAGGAGCUGAAGACACCCCCAGAUGAGGACUGCAUCAUCUGCAUGGAGAAACUGUCUGCGACGUCUGGGUACGGCGACGUGACCGACAGCCAGACCCUGGGGCCCACGGCCGCGGGCCGCCUCACCAAGUGCAGCCACGCCUUCCACCUGCUGUGCCUGCUGGCCAUGUACUGCAACGGGAACAAGGACGGGAGCUUGCAGUGUCCUUCCUGCAAAACCAUCUAUGGGGAGAAGACUGGGACGCAGCCCCGGGGGAAGAUGGAGGUGUUCAGGUUCCAGGUGUCACUCCCUGGCCACGAGGACUGUGGGACGAUACUCAUAGUGUACAACAUUCCGCACGGCAUUCAGGGCCCUGAGCACCCCAACCCAGGAAAGCCAUUCACCGCCAGAGGGUUUCCCCGCCAGUGCUACCUUCCGGACAAUGUCCAGGGUCGCAAGGUCCUGGAGCUCUUGAAGGUGGCCUGGAAGAGGCGACUUAUCUUCACAGUUGGGACGUCGAGCACUACGGGUGAGACGGACACAGUGGUGUGGAACGAGAUCCACCACAAGACAGAGAUGGACCGCAACGUGACAGGCCACGGCUACCCCGACCCCAACUACCUGCAGAACGUGCUGGCCGAGCUGGCCGCCCAGGGCGUGACCGAGGACUGCCUGGAGCAGCAGUGACCCCAAGCCCCUGUGGCCACGUGGCAGCCGCCCAGCCCCAUGGCUGCCUGGGCCGCCCCGGGGGGCGGGCAGGAAUGUGCCUUUGCUGAGAGGGGCACACGGGUGCCAGGGGUGCAAGGAGCCAGGCUGGUGCCUGCCCUGCCCUCCCCUCCUAGCGGGGAGGGAGUUCUGUGGGAGUCGGGCCACCCUGGGUGUUGUCCUUGUGGGGGCCUGAGACGCAGCUACCUCAGUGCAGGGACGGGCCCUCUGGCCUCUGGAGGGCUGCUCUGGGCCCCAGUGCCCAGGCCUGGCAUGGGGUGAGUGCAGAGCACCCCUCCCCGGGCGAGGCAGGCGUGGGUUCUGAAUCAGCUUCUCAUACCUCAGAUUUUGUUUGCAAUAAAGGCCUUGUAGCCAAAGCCCACAG